AUGGCAUCCAACCGAGAAUUCGACAUCGUCCUCCUAGGCCCUACUGGCUACACUGGUAAACUCUGCGCAGAGCACAUUGUCAAGUCUCUCACGACGAAUCUGAAAUGGGCUUUGGCGGGUCGUUCUUUGCAAAAGGUUGAGGGAGUUGCAAAGGAGCUCAAGGCUUUGAACCCUGACCGCUCAGAACCAGAAAUACUGGCCGUUCAACUCACGGCAGAGGAAUUGGGCCCUCUGGCUCAGAAGACCAAGCUCAUCAUUAACUGCAUUGGCCCGUACCAUUUGUACUCGACCCCAGUGGUUGAGGCAUGCGCCAAAAACGGAACCCAUUAUGUCGAUGCUACUGGAGAGACCCCUUGGGUCAAGUCGAUUAUCGAAAAGUACCAUGAAACCGCCAAAUCAAACGGUGCCAUUUUGAUCCCGUCUGUUGGUGUUGAGAGCGCCCCUGCGGACAUAUUGACCUGGUCCGUUGUGAAGCGAGUUCGUGAGGACCUUUCUACCCAUACGAAAGAAGUAACCUGCGCUAUUGAGGAGAUGAAGACCUCCGGAGCUAGCGGUGGUACUCUCAAUACCAUUCUGACCAUAUUUGAUUCCCUUUCGUUCUCUGACCUGAUUAAGUGGGCCAAUCCUUUUGACCUUGCUGCCGGCCCACCACCGAAGAACCUGCCUAGCGAACCAAUUCUUGCAAAGCUAUCAGGAGUCCGGUCUGUUCGGGACCUCGGUACUCUUACAACCUCCCCGUCCGGGCUUGCCGACAUUACUAUCGUGCACCGUAGCAGCACAUUGAUGCCUGAGUUCUAUGGACCGCAAUUCUUUUUCAGACAAUUCAUCCAUGUGAGGAACGCAUUCAUUGGUGUUCUGUUCCACAUCGGCUUUUUGAUCGGCCUGGGUCUUCUCAUCAUACCCCCAGUCCGGACACUGUUGAGAAGAUAUAUCUAUGCUCCAGGCAAUGGACCCCGGAUGGAGGAUUCAGUCAACGACCUGGUCGAGUACCGCGCCAUAGCAACGGCUGACCAGAAUGUUCCCGCACCCAAGCGCGUGUUUGGAAAGUUGAAAUACCACGGAACCAUGUAUGUCUUUACCGGACUGUUGCUGGCGGAGGCAGCAAUGGUGAUCUUGGAAAAUGAGGAGAAGGUGAAGAAGGUUUCCCGCAGCGGUAUUGUGACUCCGGCGACAUUGGGACAGGAGUUUGUCGAUCGUCUGGACAAGGUUGGGUGCCAGAUUGAGACCAAGGUGUUCGAAUACUGA